AUGGCCCACCAUAUGUACUUCAACCAGCAAGGCUUUGCAGGUCUUGCGUCCAACAACAGCUUGGUCCAAGAUGGCUCCGGACAGUACAACUUCAAUAAGAACUAUCCAAGUAUAGGUAAUUCUUAUCACCCCCCACACUUUUACCCCAUCCCGGCGCUAAAGUCCGAGUAUGGAGAUGUCGGGGUGUCGGGUGCUUCUGAAUGUGCUCCUCCGAUGUUGAACAUGCCGUGGAAUCACUUGCCUCAACUUGAUCAUCUAAACCAAAUGGCCAUGCAUGGGUCAGGGUAUCAUGGAAGAGAUCAGAGUCCAAACUUGGAUGAAAUAAAUAGAAACCAACCAAGAGAGAAGGCUCCUGAGUCGGUGAGGAAGACCCAGUCACCGAAGAGUUCCACCGUGACCAACGUCUCCUGCCACACUCAAAACUGGAUACCCACCACCCCACCAUUGUGGCAACCAGCCUCAAAUGCAAAAGCCACUUCUCCAGCUAUGCAUUUGUCUAAUGCACCCGAUGUGAAUUUUAACAGCCCUCCCCAAAGCCAAAACCUGUACUCUUCCAAGCAAAACUCCCCAUUAGUAAAAGAGGAAGGGGCAUGGACCCAGGAGAACACCCGAUGCAGUAGCACCUCCAGUGCCUCUUCUACUGUGACCAGCAGUACCCCGACUAGUGUCUCUAGGGGGACAGCAGAUGCUUUAGACAGCGACAGUGAGGAUGAAGUUCCUACUACUGCUCAGAUGGAGGAAUUUGCCAAAGUGCUGAAACACAAGCGCAUAACGAUGGGGUUUACGCAAGCUGAUGUUGGAAUUGGCUUAGGAGUGCUAUUUGACAAGAACUUCAGCCAAACAACCAUCUGUCGCUUUGAAUCCCUACAACUUAGCUUCAAAAAUAUGUGUAAGCUGAAGCCUCUUCUAGAAACCUGGCUGCUUGAGGUUGAACGACUUGAUAACCCACAAGAUCUUAUCAACAGAGCGCAGAAAUAUGCGUUGGCCAACAAAAGGAAGAAUCGUACGUCCAUCGACGCAGUUGCCAAACGUAACCUAGAGUCUUAUUUUGUAAGAUGUCCCAAGCCAAGCGCUCUAGAAAUUGCACAGAUAUCAAGGGAGUUCAACCUGGAGAAAGACGUAACUCGUAUCUGGUUUUGUAACCGCCGUCAAAAAGAGAGACGACACACGCAGCACAUGAUGAGAGGACCUGGUGGAGAAAACAAUCAGUUAGUGUCUUCUAGCACCGGAAACUUUACCUAUUCCCAAAUGGUCCCACCACCCGGUUUUUCCACGCCCUCCAUGGGUUUUUUGCCCACCUACCAUCAGAAUGAAGUCUUCUCUCAGCAGAUGCUUCAGGGAAUGCCUGUUGGAAACCACUUUGGUUAA